CACCGAUCCCCGCCCCACAGUUCUGGCCGCGGUCCCGGCGCGCACGGACGUGGCUCGAGUUUCCUCCGCUGUCCGCUCGCUCGCGCUCUCCCUCCCGCUCCUCCUCCUCUCCGGGUCUCCCGCUCCAGCUCCAGUUCCAGCCGGCGGGCCCCGCACGGCUCCGGGUAGCCAUGGAGGACACCCAGCUCCAUAUCAUCGAGCAGCCGCUUCCCGGGUACCCCGACGCCGGAGACCCGGGGUCCUCCUCCCUGGGGGCACCAGCGGCGGAGGAGCCGUCGGGGGCCGGCUCUGAAGAGCUAAUCAAGUCGGACCAGGUGAACGGCGUGCUGGUGCUGAGCCUUCUGGACAAAAUCAUCGGCGCGGUCGACCAGAUCCAGCUGACCCAAGCCCAACUGGAGGAGCGGCAGGCGGAGAUGGAGGGCGCCGUGCAGAGCAUCCAGGGAGAGCUGAGCAAGCUGGGCAAGGCGCACGCCACCACCAGCAACACCGUGAGCAAGUUGCUGGAGAAGGUGCGCAAGGUCAGCGUCAACGUGAAGACCGUGCGCGGCAGCCUGGAGCGCCAGGCGGGCCAGAUCAAAAAGCUGGAGGUCAACGAGGCCGAGCUGCUGCGGCGCCGCAACUUUAAAGUCAUGAUUUACCAGGACGAAGUGAAACUGCCGGCCAAAGUGAGCAUCAGCAAGUCGCUGAAGGAGUCGGAGGCGCUGCCUGAGAAGGAGGGCGACGAGCUGGGUGAGGGCGAGCGGCCCGAGGAGGACACGGCGGCGAUCGAGCUGUCGUCGGAUGAGGCAGUGGAGGUGGAGGAGGUCAUUGAGGAGUCGCGCGCCGAGCGCAUCAAGCGCAGCGGCCUGCGGCGCGUGGACGACUUCAAGAAGGCCUUCUCCAAGGAGAAGAUGGAGAAGACCAAGGUGCGCACCCGCGAGAACCUGGAGAAGACCCGCAUCAAGACCAAGGAGAACCUGGAGAAGACGCGGCACACGCUGGAGAAGCGCAUGAACAAGCUGGGCACGCGCCUCGUCCCAGCUGAGCGGCGCGAGAAGCUCAAGUCCUCACGCGACAAGCUGCGCAAGUCUUUCACGCCCGACCACGUGGUCUACGCGCGCUCUAAGACGGCGGUGUACAAGGUCCCGCCCUUCACGUUCCACGUCAAGAAGAUCCGCGAGGGCGAGGUGGAGGUGCUGAAGGCCACUGAGAUGGUUGAGGUGGGGGCCGACGACGAGGAGGGCGGUGCGGAGCGCGGCGAGGCUGCCGACCUGCUGCGAGGGAGCAGCCCCGACGUGCACGCGCUGCUGGAGAUCACCGAGGAGUCCGACGCCGUCUUGGUGGACAAGAGCGACAGCGACUGAACGCAGGCGCGGGGCUCUGCCCGGGUGGCCCCGCCGCCCCGCCUUUCCCUCCCAAUCCCGCCCAUUCCCUCUUCCCAGCCCCACCCCGCAUUCCUUUCUCUCUCUGAACUUUCUUUUUCCCAUCUCUCUCUGCCGCAAAACAGGCUGAGAUGUUUCUAAAUUGAGAACACCUCCUCUCAAGGAGCACCUCUCCAAGUCUUACGGCUGUUAAGAUGGGAGGGAGAGGCAGCCUCCACAACGGACAGCCCCAACUUGGACAUAGUAUGGUGUGGAAAUGAGAGGAGAGAGAUCCAUGUCCUGGUUGUCCCAUUUGGGGAUCUCAGAGGAAAUUGCUGACACUUCCAUCGUUGGGCCCCCUAAGGGCAGGCCGUCUUCCCCCGAGCCUCCCACUCACAUUCACACCCAGCUGCUGUCAUUCCUACUUUCUGAGCUCUUCUUUCUCAUCCUGAUCCCUGGAGUCUUCAAAAUCAAAAUUACUGUGAAAGGAGACAGUGAAUCCUGACGAGGACCCUUGCCCACAUGGGAGGCCCCAGGCUUGAAGGACUUGAAAGCAGCUUCCGGGAGAACCUGCAGCAGUCGGGGAGAGGGCAGAGUGGGCCCUGACCUGGAUGAAGGUCUAGCAUAGUCUGUACGUGCAAAGGGUCCCCAUAAAGAAGGCUGAAGCCUAGCAGAGCCCUGGGGAAGGGGUGGGGUGGGGUAGUAAUAGAACAGUGUAUGUGUGUGGGGAGGGGCACACUCACAUAUUUCUGCAUCUGCACGCAGGAGCACAUGCUAUGGCUUUGGGAAGGAGAACCGGAAAUAGUAGUAGGUGGAAAUGGGUGAAGAGCCGAGAAUUCUUCAUUAGCAGUAUGAGAAACACAGGACACGAAUCCCUUCUUAUUGGGCUUCUCAGAGGACAGUAGGACCACUUCAAGGAUAAAAGAGAGGAAAGUGUGAGAAAGCCAUGAUCCAAAGAAAAGAGAUAGGAAAGCCUCACCCCAGUCCCCCAAAUGGGAUCUGGAUGGCGCCCCUAGGGGCCACCCAUUUGUCAAAGCCCAGAAAGUGUCCCAGAAGGGGGCAGCACCAGGCUGUGGAGAUAAAAGAGAGGACAGUGUGAGAAAGCGAUGAUACAAUAGAAAAGAGAUAAGAAAGCCUCACCCCAGUCCCCCAAAUGGGAUCUGGAUGGUGCCCCUAGGGGCCACCCAUUUGUCAAAGCCCAGAAAGUGUCCCAGAAGGGGGCAACACCAGGCUGUGGAGAGCUGGGAGUGAGGAGGGAGGCCCACUGGAAAGAGACCAUGGUGCAGAUGGCCAGGCCACUAAGCUGAGAGCUGGAGGGGAGGGGAGGAGAGUAUAAAGCAGCCCAGCCUCAGCUCGCUCCUGGCAGUUUCUUCUCAAGAUCCUUCCCUAGAGUUAGUAUCCUAUAGCUGCAGGACUGUCAAGACUUCCUUGCUCUGUGGGCUCCUCUCCUGAAUCUUUGGGAUUGAGAGGAGAGUCGCUCCCAGACAGAAGGCCUGAUUUCUGUAACCCACUGACCAGGUUCUCCUCAGGACACCUCAGUACCCCUGUUCCUCUCCGGUAAAGGUGGCUUGUCAAAAGCAAGGACAACUUCCCUCCCCAAGUCACAGCCCCAACAGGAGGGCUGAAGACCCGACCCCUCAUCUUCCCUGCUCUGCUUUUUAGAAUUGCAGCUAAUUAUUUUAAGGGGUGGAGGGAGGGAACCUGGGGACACAAACCUUUUUUACAAUACAAAGCUUUGCUUACUGCCCCGCUUCGUUAGUUCCCUUUUCUCUUCUGGUUGGAGAGGGGCAGCUGAGGGAGGAUGGGGAUUGUGGGACAAGGUCCCUUGGUGCUGAUGGGCUGAAGGGGCCUGAGUUGUGAGCAGAUACGGUUUUCUGUGGGCUCUGGGGAGCCUUUCACGUUGCUGUGUCCUGGUGAGCAGCCCGACCAAUAAACCUGCUUUUCUAAAAGAA